AUGGGUGACAAGGGAGAUAGCCUCGAGAUCAAGCAGCAGGACCGCACAGCGGAAAACCUGGCUGCAAAGACAGAGGUCAACCCUUCGCUGGCAGCAGACGGGGCCAACACUACUGCCGCCGCCAAGAAGCCUGGCUGUGGUAAACAUACUCACUCUCACUCCAAGUCAGACAAGGCCAGCAAGAAUAAGAAAAAGAGCAAGAAGAGGAGCAAGAAGAAGGUCGAAACGGAUAGCUCGUCGAGUGACAGCAGUAGUGACAGUGACAGCGACCUGGACGAGGAAGAGGUGAGCUCCGACUCGGACUCUUCGGAUUCGGACAGCAGUUCAGACUCAGACUCGUCAGAGUCCGAGUCUGAGCAGAAAAAGUCAAAGCAGAAGAAAAAAAAGACCAAUGAGCGGACUAGACGGGUGAAGGAGAAGAAGAAAUCUCGGUCUCGAAAGCAGGAAGACACCGAGGACUCCUCUGAUAGUGAUGACGACGACUCAUCAGAUGAAGACCAGGGGUCAAAGAAGCAAAAGGAGAGCAAAAAGGUGGCAAAGAAGAUCGUCAAGAAGCUGCUCAAGAAGCAGCAACAGCAGCAGCAGCAGUUGCAGCAUCACCUGGAGAAUCCACAACACAUGCCAUCUAGUAUACCAGGCGACACUGGCGGUUAUGAUGUCGUCAGCAGCAAUGCCGCCAAUAUUACUCGGGACAUGCAUAAGCGCGCCCAACAGAUCAAUCACAUUAACCAGCUUAACAGAAGAACGAUCAGGCGUGCACGUCUCAUGAACCAACCGGUUGCAGAUAACACUUCCCAACGCCAACUCAAACCCAGGACUAAGAAGAAUAAGAGAGCCUCCAAGGUUGCCUUCAAGCGAGUUGAUCAACUGUGGGACAGCACCAUCCACAACUACAAACUCACGGAAACGGUGAAAGAUCCCGGAGCUGAUGAAUGGGACCAGUACAUCUUCACGGUCCGCCGCAAGUUUGACUGGGAAAACAGAUACACCGAUACCGUCGUCGAUAUCAAGAGCAAACCCCUGAGAGAUGCCCUGGCCCACAUCAUGGAUGGAGUCAAGGGUGUCAGCCUCGUCCAGGAUACCCCAGUCCUUGACCCAAACCUUCUCUUCCUCUACCUUGAAGAGACAAGAGAGUACAUGCAUGAGCUCAAGGCACAAUCCAAGUCAGAGAAGAAGAAGAGGAACCGGAAGAGAGCUGCCACCAAGGCAGCUCACCUGAAGAUCCUUGUCAAGUAUCUCGACAAGGACUAUGCUGAGACUAAGAACGCUCUAUACCCGCUCCUGGACAAUAAUACAAUCACAUACGAUCUGCUGUGGGCUUUGUUCAAACCAAACACAAUUGCUUACACACAGGCGUAUGGCACGCCCGAUGAACCGCGUGCCUUCAAGAUCGAGUAUGCCACCAAGGAAUCCUCCUUCAUGAGAGGUCAGUGGUACUCUAUUGAAGGCCGCUAUCUUGAAUAUGACGGCAAGUCGUUCGGCAUGGGCACUAUGUCCGCCGAAGUAGACCAUUUCAAGGGCCCCCGAAAGAUCUCCAGCUUAGCAUGCUACCCUCUCAAAUACCACCGUGAUCCCGAGGCGCUGCAGGCUCAGCUCAUCGAACGUGGAAAGAAGUUUGUCUCCUUGCAGGGCAUGAACUACAGGUUCCACAAGGGCAUGGCGUUUGUAAAGCGCAAACGAAGCAUUAUCAAGGUCAAUAUCAACGGACGUAUCAUGGUAGAUCCGGCUUUGCAUCGUCGUAUCAAUCCCAACUAUGCCAUCAGCACCGUCAAACCCAAGGAACCUGAUCUGAUCAUGGAAGUAGGCGGAGAUGACGAUAGCGAUGACUGUUGCUGCGGCUCCGAUUCUGGUUCUGAGGGCGGCGAAGGCAACGAUGAAACCUUCAAGGCCAAGACCCGACUGAAGGUCGUCCAGGAUAAAGAGGGCAAAACACACGUUGUCGAAAUGGAAUGUGACGAAAACGGCAACGAGAUCCCCAAGGAAAACAUCACUAAGCUUGAAGAUGGCGGAACGGUUGAAUACGAGUUCACCGAGGAAGAACUCCUGAUAGCCUCUCCCGUCGUUCUCGGCUUUGCAUUCAGCGAAAAGCUCUGGCUUGAAUUCACCGUCUCCGGCAUCACGGAAAUCGACUGGAACUCCGGCGCUUUUGACUCCCUUGUCUUACCCGCAAACCAAAAGUCUAUCGUCAAGGCCCUUGUCGAAUCACACACUUUCCAUGCCGCUGAAAACAUCGACGAUGUUAUCCAGGGUAAAGGCCGGGGUCUUGUAGCUGUCCUUCACGGCCCACCUGGCACGGGCAAAACACUCACGGCAGAGGGUAUUGCCGAACUGCUCAAACGACCCCUUUACAUGGUCAGUGCGGGCGAGCUAGGAACAGACUCACGCACCCUCGAAGGAGAACUCAAUAAGAUACUUGACAUCGCCCACUCAUGGGGUGCGGUUCUGCUGCUGGAUGAGGCAGACGUCUUCCUUGAGAAGCGUACGAUUCAAGAUAUCCACCGCAAUGCUCUGGUUAGCAUCUUCCUGCGUCUACUAGAGUACUUCCAGGGCAUUCUCUUCCUUACUACGAACCGCGUUGAGACUUUCGAUGAUGCCUUCCAGUCACGUAUCCACGUUGCCCUGAGAUACGGAGACUUGACCACCAAGGCUAAACGGUCUGUUUGGAAAAUGUUCCUUGACCGUGUCCAAACCAAGGAAGGCAUCGAGGUCGUCAAGUUUACGGAUAAGGAUUACGAUACUCUUGCUAGGCAUAACCUAAACGGUCGACAGAUCAAAAACUCAGUACGCACUGCUCAGGCCCUGGCUAUCAAUGAGAAAGUGCCCCUAUCAAUGCAACAUAUUAUGCGUGUCCUAGACGUAGCAGAGACGUUCGAGCAGGAUCUCAAGGGUGGAACAGGCUACUUGGAUGCCAUGAGAAGCUACACUUAA